CCGUCUCUUCGUCUAUUCAGGCCGCUUCUUUCUUCUCCUUCGCCUCCUCCCCCUUCUCCUCCGUUCCGAUGUUGUCCUUGCGCCAAAUGUGCACCGCCUUUCCACUCCUCCUCCUCCUCCUAGCAAACCUUUUCUCGGGGCUAGCUGCUCCCGUCACCGGUGCAACGACCCACCGCGCCGCUCUCCUCUCCGUCCGCGAUCGUUUGGACCCUUUCAAUGUCUUGUCCUCGUGGGGCGGCGACGACGACUACUGCCAGUGGCGAGGGGUAUCAUGCGACGGUCCCGGCAGGGUGACCGUCCUUGACCUAUCCGAGCUUGGCCUCUCAGGCUCCAUAUCUCCUGCAAUCGGCAACCUGACCAACCUUCAGUUCCUCAACCUCUCCCACAACCACCUGCAAGGCAAACUCCCGCCGGAGUUCAGUAAUCUGGUCUACCUCGAGUCGCUCCUUCUAGGUUCGAACAGGCUGACUGGGGAAAUCCCGGCGAAGAUGGGUGCACUCCACAAGCUCGUGAUCCUUAGUCUCCAUGACAACAAUCUCGCCGGGAGAAUCCCUCCUUCCCUGGGCGAUCUCUCGUCGCUCACGCACUUGGAUCUUGGUGAAAAUCGACUGACGGGCACCCUGCCCUCCAGCCUAGCAAGUCUCCCUGCGCUACAGCACUUGUCCGUGACACGCAACAACCUUACAGGUGCAAUCCCGACCUCCAUCUUCCACCUCUCGACCCUCACCCACUUGUACCUGGGGCAUAACCAAUUCUCGGGUUCAUUCCCUUCCGAUAUGGGCGACACGCUUGGCCAUCUCCAAGUCCUUCAAGCAAACAACAACAAUUUUGAGGGUCAUCUUCCGGCCUCGCUUCCGCAUGCUGGCAUGCUUAGAGAGAUUGUUUUGGCACACAACAGAUUUAGUGGACCUGUGCCUGGGGAUAUAGGCAACCUAGUGCAUCUGCAAUCCCUGAGCGUACGAGAUAACAGCUUGGAAGCCAAGACAAAGGAGGACUGGGAGUUCUUCGCUUCCUUAGCCAACUGCAAACACCUUCACACCUUGGACCUGUCACACAACAAGCUGGAGGGGGAACUGCCGAUCCCCAUAACCGAUCUAUCGCCACAACUGGCAUUUAUUGGUUUGGGAGGAAACAAUAUAACGAAUGAACCUACUUCCGCAGAUCUAGCGAGCCUCCGCCCUACUCUUCAGGUGGAUAAGACGGCCGCCACAGCUGUGUGUCCCGACUGCCGAGAUGGAAGCAUAGACGAUUAAUUCGAAUGGCCAAAGUGAGACACCAACAGCCCUCACUGCUGCUAUGGCACCCCUUCUAUUCCAUCAAGUCAACACCUUCAUUGAUGUGUCCACCAACACCGCCCACACCGGCUCAACAUAGGGCAAUUCUAUUAAGAAUAUGAAUAAAACAAAAAUGAUAUGUGUUUGAUAUGGUGCUCUCUAUUUAUAUACAUAAAGAGUAGGAUUUUCCUCAACAGAGUAGCAAUAUUUCCUCAUAUAGUUGGAGAAAUCUCAACUGUUAUCUUUGAAAAUCUUAGUUGUUAUCAUGCUCCCGUAAGAUAGUGCUCCUGUCAAGGAUGUCGAUCUUAGACCGAUGCGAUGAAAAUAGUUUGCGGGUCAGAGGCUUCGUGAGUGAGUUUGAUAGUUGAUCAACUGUAUGUACGUGAGAAACACGUAGUUGAUAUCUGACAACUUGUUCUCGUACGAAGUGAAAGUCGAUAGUUAUAUGUUUCAUGUGUGAGUGUAAUACUGGAUUGGCGCAUAGGUACGUGGCGCUAACAUUAUCACAAUAUAUUAUAGGAGUAGAGGUGGAGUUGAUGUCAAAUUCUUUGAGUAGAUUUAUAACCCAAUUGAGUUUUGUAGUAACAGUUGCAAUAGCACGGUAUUCAGCUUUAAUUGUAGAUCGUGCAAUUAUCUUUUACUUCUUAGAACUCCAACUGAUUAGAUUAUCUCCAAAAAAGAUA